AUGUCGUCACGCAGUCGCCAGUCGCGUGUUGGAGCCAUACCGAGCAACAGUCGCCUCUCGGUCGCUACAGCGCCAGCUCCGACACAGCCAAAUGCGCUGCCAGCCUACAAGAAGCCCUCUCAUCCUCUUGAUGGCGAGGCGCAACGCGCACUGCGGGAGCUGAAUGGCCCAACGCUCACAAUCAUCAAGAAGCACAGCAAAGACGCCAUCACCACGAUUCGAAGCACAGCCGAAGGCGUCAACGACAUGCUGAGCGAGCACCAACGCUACUUUGACGCGCGCAGCAAGAAAUGGGACGCAGGCAAGAAGCUGGACGAAAGAGAAGACGAAGAAGCCAUCAUGGCGGACCUGCAGCAGAAAGUCGACGACGCCACGGCCAAACUCGAGGAAAGCAUGCGCGCAGCGAUCGACUCCAGCGUUGCCGCCCAGCGCAUCGAAGACGCCCUUGAGUGGCUGCGCCAACACGCCCCAAAGCAGAUCGAGGAGGAGUACCAUAGCCAACGGACGCGGCGCUCAACGCAGCGCCGCCAAACGCAGAACCGCGACGGCAGCGAAGCAGGUUCAGAUCAGGAAGAACUCGACGACGGCCCCACGCCCGGUCCGACGCCCCUCGACCGCUCCCAGCUCGCGCUCACGGGCUCUGUCGACAUGUUCACCGACCGCAUGGCGCGCGAGCAGACGUCGUACACGUCACUCUCGCUCACCGCCCGCUAUGCACGCCACAACGAGUACCGCGACUUCAAGCGCGUGGUUCACGACGCGCGGUACGGCGACACGAUCCCCCUCGGUCACGAAGACACAUGGUUCACUGAGACAGGCGAGCCCGCGCUGGGCGUCACCCAGGCCGUCAACGACGACGAGGACGACCUCGUCAUGGACCGUGCGACGGUCAGCACGAAAUGCCCGAUUACAUUCCAGACGCUCAAAGAGCCAUGGAGCAGCGCAAAGUGUCCGCACACGUUCGAGAAGAGCGCUAUACUGGGCAUGAUCAGGACGAGCGCGAGCCAUUUCGGCCCCGGCCGCGCAAGGAGCGUCGCGUGUCCAAUCCCGGGAUGCGAUCAGCAACUCUCCGCAGAAGACCUGCACUCCGACCCCAUCCUCACACGCAAGAUCCGCCGCCUGCUGCAGGCGCAGCUCGACGACGACGACGAUGACGACGGUGACGAUGACGAAGAUGAAGACGAGGAGGAGGAGGAGGAGGAGGAGGAGGAGCUCCCGCAGAGCUCGAUCAUCGAGGACCUGGGCGAUCCCAGCGAGGACGAGGACGAGUAG